AUGUUGAAGUUGUGGCUCGGGCUCGCCCUAACGGCUGAUUCAUCGGCGUUAUUUAGGGGAAGCAAUAGUUUUGGGAUGAGUCUAAAAAGGCCAUCGGAGCUCUAUAAACACCUAAGAGUUUCCAAGAGAUAUAUCCUGGGGAAAUCCCAUGAUGACAUAGUGACAUCGCUCCCAAAAGAUGAAGAUGCCCCCGAGCUAGAGUCACGACUUCAAUUCCAUAAGCAAUUUAUGAUAGGAGCGCAAAGUAACAGAGCGGGGUUAGGAUCAAAUAGGAAAGUCCAAGAUGCGGAUAUAUUGAAGUCUUUUAUUCGGCAAGACGAGAAUGAUAAAUAUAAGAUCCAUGCAAUGAAUUUAGAAAUGCAGAACGAGUGGUUAGACAUAGGAGAUUUUUGCAUCCCAUUAGCAUUAAAAUGGCGCACUUUAAUCUAUGAUUGGUCGCCAGCAUUGCUAAAAUUCUAUCUCAAUGCGUUCCAGAUGACUCUCCCAGAUCAGAGUAAUUUAGUAAGAUGGGGUAAAAGUACCGAAAAAACUUGCUAUAUCUGUGGAAAGGCAGUUGGAACUGCUAAGCAUCUGCUGGUGGGAUGUAAGGUACUCCUUGACAGCGGUCAAUACUCGCGUCGUCACGAUAGGGUUCUAGAAGUCAUACGUGAAGCGGUUAGUCUUUCGGUAGCCAGAGCGCAAAAGGGAAUAACCACAAACGAACGAUCAGUAGGUUUUGUGAGAGAAGGCACUAGGGCUACAAAAUCAAACGUCAAGCCUUACUCCAUCCUUAAAGCGGCGUCGGAUUGGACUAUAAUGAUGGACACGUAUGAAAAACAAUAUAAAAUCCCCGAGGAUAUUUGUGCGUCGGCCUCCAGACCGGAUAUAUUUUUGUUUUCGCGAAUUUUAAAGCGCGUAGUGAUGAUAGAGCUUACGGUCCCUUGGGAAACCAACAUCCCCAAAGACCAUACCAUCAAGGUCAACAAAUAUUACGAGCUCACAAACGAACUCACUCGAAAUAGGUUCGUAGUAGAUUUGUACGCGGUAGAGGUGGGAGCGAGAGGUAUAACAGCGAAAUCUCUCUAUAACCUACUAAAGGACUUGGGCUUGUCCAGAACUCACAUUAAUGCAUUCUUGGAACGUACAUCGAAGGCAGCCCUAGUAGGUUCUUUUCAAAUUUGGUUAGGUAGGGAGAGGAGCUUGGACAGUGGAGGUGAGCGUAUAACGCGCAUAAAAUAG